AGUUAAACCACUGACUCGCUUGAGUAGAUAUCGAACGAUCCUAGUCCUGACUCAGUUCUUGGUUCGAACGAUUUUCCAUUGUAAAUGUGUUCCAAGGACAGAACAGCGUGUUAUCGGUUUUGGGCCCAAGUUGUUGAUUUCUAAGAAUGUAAAACUUCCAUUCUCAUUGCUCCAGCAUAAUGUAUGAUAUAGUAGAUAAUUCUUUUGCAUCAGGAUGUCCAAACACUUAUGUUGAGAGCGUACUAUAAAAAUUUGAAGAUAAAUGUGUCGUGAAUAGAUAAUGAAUUUCGAUGUCUUACGACACCAUAACAAUAUAAAAAGAAUGCUCGCUGCAGCCUAUCACUGUCUGACUGGCUCUCCGUCACUCUUGCGACAUCUGGGGAAGGUGAAUCAUUCAAGAUGGAGGCAUCAUGCAGUUUCCAGGACACCGAGUUUCUCUCCGGAACAUGUGGAGCGAAUUAUUCCACCUUCAUGACGCUGGUUUCUCUUAUAAUCGGCUCCACUAAAAAUAUCUCAGAUCCAUGUCGCCGACUCGGCAGGGAUGGUUCUGAGAUGCCAGAAGUCUCCACCUUCGACUAUGUGGUGGUGGGUUCUGGACCAGCAGGUUCGGUGGUCGCCUCACGUCUCAGCGAGGUCCCAUCGUGGUCGGUGCUGCUACUGGAGGCUGGUCCCGAGGAACCAUCUGCCACCUUAGUGCCCUCCUUCUUCAUGUCAGGCGCCGGCACGAAGCUGGACUGGAACUACAAGACACAACCUCACGAAAAUGCCUUCCGCUCGACCAACGGUGUCGCCACUUGGCCCCGGGGAAAGGUGGUGGGUGGCACCAUUAUACUAGAAGGCAAUAUGUACACACGUGGCCACAAGAAUUUAUACAACAGAUGGGAAGCUGAAGGAAAUGUAGGUUGGGGAUACGAUGACCUCCUGCCAUAUUUUAAAAAGGGCGAAUCUAUCCAAACUUCUGAUGUUGAAAAAAAAUACCACGGCACCGAAGGGCCAGUAUCCGUGGGUCACUUCCCAUACCAGCCAAAGUUGUCGAAGGUGAUCAUUGAAGCUGCCAAGGAAAGAGGUUUGCCGCACAGGGACUUGACGGGAUCAAACCAGACUGGGGUUUCUGUUGCGCUUGUCAUGGUAAAGGAUGGCCUUCGUGCCAGCCCGCCUAGAGUUUACCUUCGGCCCAACAAAGCUAGAGGAAACCUCCGUGUUUCGAUGAACUCUCACGUCACCAAAGUCCUCAUCGACUCGAAGACAAACACUGCACAUGGAGUGCAGUUCAUCGACAGCAAAGGUGUCACUAAAACUGCACUGGCCCGAAAAGAAGUUAUCCUCUCAGCAGGAGCAAUCGGAUCUCCUCAACUUCUUCUGCUAUCUGGAGUUGGUCCUGCCGAAGAUCUAAAAGAAUUGGGCAUAGAUGUGAAAAAGGAUCUCCCUGUAGGCAAGAAUCUUCACAAUCAUGUUUCUGUUACUGUAAGCUUCACUAUUAAUGAUACUGCGACUCAAGAUCUAACACAAGAUGCAGUUUUGCAGUUCAUUAAUAACCGCACUGGCCCCUUGUCGAGUGAUGGUCUCACGCAGGUCACGUUUUUCAAGAAGACUUCAUAUGCAGAAGAUGACAUUCCCGACAUCCAGGGAUUCUUUGACGGUUACUCUGCGGCCUGCUCGAGGACAGGGGUGGCUGGCGAGUGCUCCGAUGGGAGUAUCGGCCAAACAUGUGGGAGGAGGAAGCUGGAUUCUCGUCCCACCAACAUUUAUCCGCGCAGCAGGGGCUACCUCAAGCUGAACAGCACAGACCCCUUCGACUACCCCUUGAUCUAUGGAAACUACUUUAGUAAUGAAACGGAUGUGCAGGUCAUCAUUGAGGGUAUAAAAUUUAUUCUAGAUAUGGCCAACACGAGUGCCUUGGCUGCAUGGGACAUACGUUUGGACACCACGCCUGUAGCUGGGUGCAAGAAUUUGACGUUUGGAUCUGACAAGUAUUGGGAAUGUGUAAUCAGGACCAAUACAAAUGCUGAGAACCACCAAGGAGGCUCCUGCAAGAUGGGGCCUGCCAACGAUACAAGUGCUGUCGUCGACCCUGAGCUAAGGGUGCAUGGCAUAUCACGGCUCAGGGUGGUGGAUGCAUCCAUCUGCCCCAUGGUUCCUAAUUCGAACCUAACACCUUUCAUACUAGCUGCAGCAGAAAAGUUAGCAGAUAUGAUCAAGAAAGAAGCUUUGACUGAUUACUUAAAAUAAGAUAUUAAAUAUUGCUUAUGUGCAGCGAGACUAUUUUUUUGAGCAGAUUAACAAACUAAUGUAAACAAAUCUUUUGUUUGAGAUUUAUUUUAUUUCCUUCGGGGCUAAUUUGUUUUAAUAGCUUCUAUAUACAAAAAUUUACAUUAUAAGACACUUUUUUUUUUAUCUGAAAACGUUAACGUUUAAAAUAACAUGGAUUCAAAACAA